AUGUCGCCGACGCGUCAACCACCGCCCAUCCAGAUAUACCAAGACUUCACUGAGAAGCGACCACGACCUCAACUCGCACCUUCCGCCAUGCCACUACAGGCCAGUCAAAGAAUCAAUUCGCAGGUGGCCUAUCCAACCAUACAUAUGCAUUCGAAGCACCACAUGUCGCCCAUAAAAUCCAACUAUCCCCCAAUGCCAGGCGACUACUCGACUAUGAACUUGGUUCCCAGCAUGUCCCUUCCAGAGUCUAUACCUAUAUACACUGAUAGUCCUCAAAAGAGAAUAAGUCUGCCAUCUUCUCAACCACUGAUGCCUGCACACUCUCUACAUCCUCAACCCGUCUACACUGCGUGGGAUGGUAAUUUCCAGCACUUCGACCAAGAAAAUUUUCAGAUGCACAUGCCUCUGCCUGAUAACUUUGUCGACUUUCCCGACCCUUCGCAGGUCCGAAGAGCCCCUCUAAAACGUUCAUACUCCGAAACUGUUCCAAGUAGCGACAAACCCUUCAAGAAAGGAAAGCCAACCACUUUCCAAGAAAUAGGCGAGGAACCUGUUGAGCUGCCAGAGCCUGAAGACAUGCCUACUGUCUCUGAUGAUGGACAGAAGCCACCCUAUAGUUAUGCUCAGAUGAUUGGCAUGGCUAUUCUCAGAGCACCAGGUCGUCGCUUGACGCUUGCCAGUAUAUACGACUGGAUCGCGACCACUUUUGCCUUCUACAGAGAGGAUCCCAAGACUGGUUGGCACAAUAGUAUACGACACAACUUGUCUCUCAACAAGGCCUUCAUCAAGCAGGAACGUCCCAAGAGUGAUGCUGGCAAAGGCUGUUACUGGGUCAUUCAACCUGGUAUGGAAGCUCAAUUCUUCAAGGACAAGCCACGGAAGAACAAUAGCAUUAACAUGCACAUGCAACAGCCCUUUAGCUCCCAGCCAAUGAUGCAAGCUAUGCCACAACCAAUUACAGAAGUCAUGCAGCCGAAGAGUUGGAUCGUCCAGUCGCAGAACAUUAUCGAGCCCGUUGCUCCUGUCCCGCCUGUUCGGCCACAGACUGCUCCCGCAGCUGAUCUAGCUCUACCUGAGCUCUCUUCUGAUGCCACACUGCCUGCCUCGGAUCCUGCUUUGCAUGAGGAAGAGAUCAUUCUAAGCAAGGAGGUACCUGAUCUGCCUGCGCCUUCCAUGCUACCACCGCCGUCCUCACCUCCUGUCAUCAACUCAUCUCCUCCAGUGGUACCUCGAACUUCGCAGCGAACAUCGUCUCCUGCUAGAAAUGUUCAUCCCUCGCACAAGCGACGACAGACAAGUGGUAUGGAUGACAGCGGCUAUUUUUCAUCACUCGAGUCGUCUGCCCAUCGACCGAGGAAUGGCGGUGUUAUGCUCACCUCGGAGCUUGGAUGCGUGCCCAGGAAGAAGGUCGGCCGUGCUGAAGAAGAGAUUGCUCGCAUUAGAAGCUCUUCCCACGAUAUUACUCCCAGUGGUCGUCGUUCCAAGAACCCAGCUUUGAACACUCGACGGUCUUCCUCACCACUUCAACAGAGCCCUCCUGCUGUACCUGCUACCCCUCCUGUAAUUUUCAAGAAACCAUUCCUGCCACCACAGUCUAUCUCACCUAAUACUCAGCUACGUCGUCAUCGAGAAGAAAUGGUUCGAUUCAUAGGAGGAUCGCCAGGCAAGCGAGAUGACCAGUUGGCAGUCGAAUUUGAUGCGUAUAGUCCUGCCUUUAAGUUGGCUACCCCAGGCCUAUCUCACUCGUUUGAUGAUAACUUCUUGUAUGAUUUCAACAAUCCAGGAACGCCUAUUGGAUCCUCACCCAUCAAGUCGGUCUUUUCUGCUCGGCCACCUAUGCAGCGAUUCAAUACCUCAGCUGGCAUUCUGUCAGACGUGACAAAGCGUGCCAAUGGCAAGUUCAACGCUAAAACACCUAGCAAGAUUCCUGACAACGUCACAUUCAAGCCUCCAACGACAACAAAUUUUGCUGGCUCGCCACUUAAGAAGUCAUUCACUACAAAGACUCCUGAUUUCUUUGCCGACUUCAAUGACGAGAAUGCAGAUAAUCUGUUCGAUUUUGGCUCCUUCCCGGACGAGGCGUCAGAGGACGGUGAAGAGCUGGAUAUUUCUAAGGGUUUCACUAAGAUUGGCAGUGCCAACAACAAUCUGUCUGCUCUUACCUCCACUAUGCCAACUACUAAGUCAAGACCGGUCUUUGCUCGAAGCUCUACUUCACGAUUUUAG